AUGAAGCGCGAUGGGAAGGAAGGGACGAAGGAAAAUCCUGACCACCUGCAAAAAUGCCAAAUGGUGACACAGAACUACCACGAAAAAGGGGCAAAUGAGGAAGAAAAACAAAAGAGGCAAAACAAACACGAAGAGAAAAUGGAAAAAUUUACCAAAAACGAACAAAUUCCCUUUGAUGAAUUGUCCACUUCCCGGGGAAACACCAACAAUGCCGAAUCGAAGCGGAAUCUGCAGAACCUCCUGGGGUCAUACUACUCCAGUGAUGAAGAAAGCGAAGGGGAGUCCCAACAGGAACAGGACCUCACUCAGGAAGGUGCCACUUCCCAAACGGGCAAACAUCAGGUGGACAAUCAAAGCGAUAGCGACGCUGAGGGUGGGGAUAACACUGAUAGUAUUAGUGAUAGUCUUUCCGAUGAGGAAGGUGAAGCGUGCCAGGGAAAGAAACAAACUGAACAAAGUACAGGCAAUCACGGGAAGACGAUAAAGGAAAAGGAGGAAGAACCCCCCCUACCGAUGGGAAGUAAUCCCCACGGAGAAGAAACCAAAACGAAUUACGAAGAGGAAGAACCAGCCAGCCAACUCCAGAAUGAUAAAAAAAAAAGACGCACUUCCCCCCCGUUACCGAAUAAGUGGCAAAAAACAAGUCACACCGCAAGUGAAAAUAAAUCCGCGCACACUGUUGGAAAAAUUAAUUACAAUGUGAAAAAUUCGCAAAGUUCAUUCCAUAGGGGAUAUAACGUAAAUCCCAAUUGGGGAACCAACCCUACGCAAACAAACUAUCACCAACCCCCAUUGGACAGUAAAAGCUUUUUUCAUAAUGCCCAUUCAGGUGCAGGCAGGCAGUACCCAUAUGAUGUAAAUAGCCAAUAUUUGUAUAACUGCGGCGCACCUAUCCAUCCGAAGGGAAACCUAAACAACCUGUCCCUCACCAACUUUGGCUACUCAACAAAAAAAGAAAUUAACGUGGAUCUGCAGAACAUCCCUGUGAUAGAUCAGAGACAAAUUCUGAGGGACUGGAAACCCACCAUCCCAGAGGAAAAAAAAAAAAGUCAGAAAUAUGAUAUAAAAACCAAGGUGUACAAUGCGGCGAGCAACACCUUCGAUAAGGUAAUCAUUCACGGGAAUAAACAGAAGCGAAAACAUCAGAUAAACUGGCUAGCAAAAGAAGCUGUGGAAAAGGAAUAUGAAAUUUUGCAAAAAACAAAUUACAGCAAAAGAAGGACCACAAACGAUAAAUAUGGGUGGUAA